AUGAAUUUUUUUCACCCACUACUUUAAAGUCUUCAAUGUAAGUUUUUAAACCUAAACCUUAUAAGUUAUGCGUUUCAACCUUAGUGGCGAUCGUAAUUAGACUACACUAAAUCUAAUGAAUCCUUCAAUCAAAGUGGAGGAGAACGACUAAGUUCUUCCACCCAUCUACUAAAUGACGUAAUAGGAAAUGCUGUAACGCCAGUUGGCUGAUACAAAUGCAAGAGUUAUGUAAUUUGAUGGAUUGCCAAAUGAAAAAGAGAUUCCCAAAGCAAUCAACAAGAAAAUGUAAGUCGUUUCUACAUACUAAAUUAGAAGCAAAAAAAUAAAUACUUGUGGACAUCCAGAUAAAGAACAUUAUGCAAAAGGAAUGUGCAAUAAUUGCUACCAUCGUGUCGGUAGAAACAAGCAGCCAUGGCUUUGCUCUCAUAAAAAAUUAUAUGCUUGUAAGAUGAUAAUAUUGAUUUUCUAGGUGGAUUAUGCUAAAACUGCUACAUUAACCAAUAUAACAAAAAACGUAGAGUCGAAAAUUAAGAUCAGUAGCAGCAACAAGAAUCAGCGUUAAAUAAUUUGGAUAAAUUAGAGAAUUGA